AUGGUGUUCAGCUCGAAAGGUAGAUAUUUUACUCGAGGCAUGUGUCUUGAGGAAUCUGUAAGGGGCGAAAUUAUUGAUGACAUAUUAUUAGAUGGUGGGGAUAGUGAGACAGGGCAUUUUCCUGGACUGUGGUCUACAAUUGGUGCCAAGCACAAAGUUCAUGGGAAAACUGUGAAAGACAUUUGGGGAAAAUUUAUGAGCAGUGGGUCUGUUAGCCCAAGGAAACAUAUCUUGGGAAAUCCGAGUAAAUUAGCAGUGGGUGAGUUACAGCUUGUCGAAGCUAUGAAGACCCAAGACAACAAUGUGAAUGUCAACAAAUAUGAACCAACUAAAAACAACAAUGUGAAUGUCAACAAACAACAAUGUGAAUGUCAAUGUGAAACACAGACAACAAUGUGA